GGUUGGUCCGCAAUACGCUCAACACUGCCCUACGAUUCACCAACAACUCCCACAUUGACCACAUCGGUACUAUCUCUGGAUCCAUAUUCCCUUUCUCCUUGAAUCGAGUCAUGAUGAAAUACUUACUUCGGUCAAUUAGAUAUCAUGCAAACCUCACUUUGGCGACUCAAGCGCUGGAUCGUGGUAUAUCAGCUGGAUCAUGAAUGCGAUUGUCGUACAUCCACCAAGUUCCCCGUCGCUCCCUCACUCUUAUCCUCUAACAGUAUGACCCUAGUCCUGAAUGAUCCCAGCUGGUGGCCAUUUAUCAAUUCCCAUUACAUUUUCAGCUACUUUACAGUUGCCGCUUCUGUUGGGGUAAUCUACGAUUGGGCACUUACGUUUGGACAAGAGAUUGAACUGUUCUGGAGGCGACGCUGGUCCUUGAUGACCAUUCUGUAUCUUAGUGUACGCUAUGUUGGAAUAGGAUAUGCUGUCCUCAAGAUGUUGACCAAUGUUCCUACAAUUUCAAUCACAGAUUCAGUGAGCCGUAUCAUGUACGUUACACUGGAAAGCACGAACGAGGUCGUGAAUGUAAUGCUGGGUGUCAUCAUGAUCGCUCGGCUGAAUGUCAUGUAUCAGCGAUCCAGAAAGGUGCUGGUAUUUCUCGUUGUCAUCUUUCUGGCCGUCAGAAUCGCCAACGCAGUGAUGGCCGCGAUAUCCAUGAUGCAUAUUUCAGUGGAGGAAGUCGUUCUCUCCGACACCUACGUAUGCAACAUCGGCUACGUGGGAGAUACCGUACUUCUGUAUACCAUCACUUGGAUACUCGCCCUUGCAUGGGAGGUCCUUCUGCUGUGUCUCGCAGUUCGGAUUGCUGUAAAGCGCUUGCGUGAACUGCGAAAACACUCACAAAGAGGUAUUUUUAGAGACUGUUUCACGGUACUAAUGAAAACUCACGUGAGUUACUUUGCGAGUUUUCUUGCAGUCUCUUGCUUCUACAUCGGUUUUUAUUCUCCGACGCUCUCAGCGGUAUGCUGAUUUGUCGUCGACCUCUGAUGCAGCCAUAAUUCCUCAUUUUCAUUAGAACCCAAAUUCCCUGGAAACUGUGGUUUAUCUUGGUUUCGCUCAAAUCUUCCAGUUCGCGCAGUUGUUUGUCCUGGGACCACGCCUGAUCCUUAGCGUUCGAGGAUAUCAUGCUGAGCUCCUAGGCGACCCCGAUACAGCAAACACUAUGGCUUUAAUUGUUUUCCAGGAACGCGUCCGUGUAUCAACCAGCAGCAGUGUGUAAUACUAGAGAUGCUUGAUGUGAUUGAUUUACAAUGAGCGGAUAGUCUGUGGGAAGAGAAUUUGUUUUGAUUUAUUUCAAGUCUUGUCGUGGUACUUAUUUAAGUCAUUUGGUGUUGCGAAGUAGUAGAUGUUUGC